CGGUGAUGUGACCGUUUGGGUCCUUUUCGUUCCACGAGGACUGUCUCGUGCCUGAGCGGCCGUUGGCGUCGUCUUCAAACUCGGACGUUUAAAUUUGAAUUUAACGGUUUUUCCGUGAUGGACGCCGACAGUAACACCGACGGUACAACACCGGAGAGCAAAGCGGACACGGAGACUUUCACCAAAGUCAAGUCUAAGAAGACUCAGAAGAGGAAACGUGAACAAGAUGCAGUGGACAUGGACACGGAGGGGGAGCCCGUGGCGAGUAAACGGCCGCAGUUUCCACCGAUUUCAGGCGACAAACUGAAGGGACCGGACGAGAUGCGCAAAGUCGCCGUCCCAGCUCACAGAUACACACCGCUAAAGGACAACUGGCUGAAGAUUUUCACCCCGAUCGUAGAGAACCUACAGCUUCAAGUUCGAUUCAACCUCAAGACUAGGAACGUGGAAAUCAAAACGUGUAAAGACACACAGGACAUCAGCUCGCUCACGAGGGCGACAGAUUUUGUCCGAGCGUUUGUUCUGGGAUUCCAGGUGGAAGAUGCCCUCGCUCUCAUCAGACUAGACGAGCUUUUCCUAGAAAGCUUUGAUGUGACUGACGUGAAACCGCUGAAGGGAGACCACUUAUCCAGAGCCAUCGGAAGAGUAGCAGGGAAGGGAGGAAAAACCAAGUUCACCAUUGAAAACGUUACAAAGACUCGCAUUGUGCUCGCAGACACAAAAGUUCACAUAUUAGGCUCUUUCCAGAAUAUCAAGAUGGCACGGACAGCGAUAUGUAACUUAAUCCUGGGAAGUCCACCUUCAAAGGUCUAUGGCAACAUCAGGGUGGUGGCUAGCCGGACUGCAGAGAGAUUCUGAGGACUCGGUGGCUGCUGUGCACAUCAACACUUUCCCUCCUGCCAUUGGCUGGUGGACGAGUUAAGACUGUUGACAACAGGUUCUUCUGUUGUGGCCUCGUGGAAACACAUUUUUGAGUCAGUUGACCCAAAACACGAGGCAGAAUCAUGAUACAUGAGAGAUUGUGUAAAUAAACAAAUGACUACAAUGCCCA